UUCACAUCAAUUGACAUUUUUGGGCAGAGAUCUCCUUUAAAUGCUACUGUCUUAGCAGAUGCGAUGGGUUACUCUAUCUAGAGCAAAUGCUUCUCCAUAUUUAGAAGGCAACGUGGUGGUGGGUCACGAGACAAUAACACUUCUUCCUAUUAUUCUCGACAAGAUUUGGUUUCAAAACCGAAGGGCGAAAUGGAGGAAAUACGAAAAACUGGGCAAUUUCGGAGGGCUCCAGCAUCUCACGUCGGUCUAUAUGGUCCCUGCCCCAAAGUCAGAUUGCAUGGACUUUAGUCUGCAGUCAAGCAAGUUACAUGACGUGGACCUGUCACAUUUUUAUUACCCCUUCCAAGAGCACCUUACUUUAGCAUAUGGACCAAGCAUGGCACCUCUAAAUCCAACUGUUCCACUGCCUUUUCCGGUCACUUAUUUAUGAGCCACUGCACAAAACAACGUCAUA